UGUGCAAACGUCAAACCACCACCACCAUCAUCUCGCUGGCUCGCAAAGUGUUUCGUCAAAGUGCUGCCCGAGUUGACGACGACACAAGUUUUUUUUUCUUUCGCCUUUUCAAAAGUUUAUCGGGCCAAAAAGUUCGAUUCGCGGUAAUCCGGAGUGCUGACCGUGUUGCGGCCGGAAACGGGUGUGGGGGCCCCACCUUGGCUGAAGAUAUUCCGUGAGUGUGUUUGUGUGUGUGUCUCGUUGCAAGUGCCCCACACAGGUUCGUCGGACCACUUUCGAACGGAGAAGGGAAGGUGGGACGCAGCGACGACGACGACGACGGAUAAGCGGAAGAGGAGCAGCAGCAGCAGGGCAGCAAAAGUUUCAGUGUCUGUGCGGGGGGACACAUACGUUUUUGAUUAAUCAAAACCAAUAAUAUUUGUGUGAAAUUCCUGCUGGAGCUCGAUUCCAGCGGGUGUAGCUGGAUGGUACGGGGUGGCGGUGGCCAACAGAUUAGAUAAGCUAUCGCUGAUUGAGUGGCAAAAAGGAAAAAAAAAGAUCAGCUUGUGCAAUUUUGUGCGUGGAAUUAGGAUCCACGGUGGAGGGUUGGCCUGCGAGUGGUUCACUUUUUGGCAGGGAGCUGGAGCCACAGGAAGAUAAAAUUUUGCACCAUCAUCCGCAGCAGCAGCAGGAGGUAGUGGACGGCGGAGGUGGCACCAGCAGCACCCCCAGCAGCAGCGGUGGCAAGAAGGAAGGCCGCAAGACGAAACCAGGUGCUUCCUGAAAAAUGCCCCCACCGCCGCCGCCACCGGGGCCUCCCCCUCCGCCGGGGCCACCACCCCCGCCGGCCAUGAAGCUAGGAGGAGCGGGAGGUGCCCCCUCGGCGGACGGACGGAACGCGCUGCUGCUGUCGAUCCAGAAGGGUGCCAAGCUGAAGAAAACGGUCACCGUGGACAAAAGUGGCCCGGUGAUUCAGGGCAAGGUGUCCUCACCCGGAGCGGUAAACCGAGCACCGGUAACGACGACUCCCUCGGAUAGCAGUAACGGCCAGAAGCUGGGCGGAAUUUUUGAGGGUUUGUCGAAGAUGCCGAAGCUGAAGCCGGUCGGCAGUAGAGGCGCACAAUCACCAGCCACAACAACUAGCAAUAAUAAGUCACCAUCGCCGGAGAACACGAUCAAAAGCAGCAGCAACAAUCGGUUGGGAGGAGGAGGUGGAGCUGGAGCCGUAGACUUUGCCGAUGAGCUGGCGGCCAAGCUGACGCUCAAGAAGCAGAAACACAACAACAGCAGCAGCAGUAGCAAUAACAACAAUGCCAUCAACAACAACAACAACCACAGCCAAGUUCCGCCACCGGUGACGGAAAGCAAUCUGCGAACGAAUCGGGGACCGCCGCCGCAACCGCCGGUACAGUUGAAGAAUGCCAAUGAUUCGUCGUCGCCCCAGGGGAAGCCAAGCUACUCCAGUCAAAAGAGCCAGGCGCCCUCCACGCCCAGUACGAAUGGUCCGUCAGCAGUCACUAGUCCCGUCGGCGCCGGCCUCAAUCUGCUGCCGAACAAAUCGACCCUGUUUGGUGUUGGUGGCGGCACCAGCAGCGGGAACUCGUCCGCGUCCGGAAGUCCGGUGCCACCAUCUGCGCCCACACCUCCGACCACCUCCGUCAAACCGACGCUAAACUAUGGCAAACCAAAUUUGGCCCCGAAGCCGCCGGGAAUGCAGCUUAACACGAGCGGUGGCGGUGGCUCGACGGGGAGUGGAACAAGCAGGAACAUGGUCGGUAGGCACCACAGCAUGAGAAGUCCCAGGUCUCCUCCGGUGGCACCGAGUGGUCCAAACUUCCCGAACCACUUCGGAACGCUGCGUGGACCGCCGUCUAGUUUCCAGUCGUCGGAGUCCAUUGCGAGGCAAAACAAUCCCAUUGGUCGUCCCGCGGCACCUCCCCCCAAGCCUCCGGUCAUGAAGCCACCGCCCCCUCCCCCGAUCCGCAGCGUGUCCAACACGAACCUGUCGCAUUUACCGAUGAGCCUGGCGCCGGAGACGCCCGAGCCCAACUUUGGCUCCGCCAACAACGUCAGCAUCAGCUCGGCCGUCACGGACGAGCUCAAGUCAAAACUCAACAGCAGCGGCGGCACCGGCGGUGGUUCCGCAAACAACGUCGCAACGCUGGCCAGUACGACCUCUUCCAACUCGAUUGUGUCGACCAGUACGCUCAGCACGAAAACGCUCAGCAGCGGCAGCAUCAAAUCGACGGCGGCGCCACCCCUGCCACCGCACCGAACCUGCCCGGCACCACCACCACCUCAACUCAACACCAGCACCGGCGAAGCUCCGCCGCAGCCGCCCCAGCGAAAUUCCUCGAUUCGCCCGACCAGCAAUAGCCACACCAACAGCAACAGUAGUCAGCAGCACAACGCGACGACGCAGCGCAAGGACACGGCCACCGCGGAACACGGAACCACGGAACGACGGAAGAUGGCGCCACCGCCGCUGAUGGAGAUUGACCUCGAGGCCAAGUAUUCGUUCUACUUCCACAAGGUGACGGAAUUUCCGGCGCCGACACCCUUUCUCAACGUGGCCAAAGCCUACCCAAGUCUGGUGCGGCAACAACAGCAGCAGCAGCAGCAGCAAACGCAACAACAGUAGGAGAGGAUGGAUGGAUCCGGGAGUGGCAACAAAAGUAUUUCGGUGGCAAUCAGUUGGAUGUGAUUCUGGUGGACGCGUAAGUAUUCGCUGCAAUUAUUCUAGUAAUCACGUGAUUGGAAUCGUUGGAUGAAUAGUAAUAUAUUCAAGAACCAUAUCAAAGUUUACAAUUUGCGCAAAUAGGGCAAACACCAUUACAACAGCAGCAAAGUAGAUACUUCUUUCUGUUUAGACAACCAACCAACCUACAACAACAACAAAACAACUAACUUAUGAACAGCCUCUAGACAACCUGUUCAACUGCUGCAGUAGAAAGAGGUUAAAAAAAUAAUGGCAGCACUAUUAAUACAAUAUUAUUCACACAGACAACAAACCUUCCCUCCUCCCUUUUUCUUUUGCGGAGGAGAAAAUGCCAAAAAAAAAGUGCAUAACAUGUCGGUUCAGAACGGAAACAAUAAUUACACGAAUUUUAGGAAGAAGCGCACUAACGCAACAAAAAAAAAUGAAGUCGUGAAUAAACCUGUUACAAAAAUUUCGAAUUAGGAAGAAUCCAAAACUGCUUCGCGAGAAAAA